AUGACGGGCUUCUUCAACAGAUCUCUGACAGGCAUUCGGACUCUGGUUGGGAAUCAAUGCAAAGAGGUCCAAGAGGAAACUGGGAAACCGCCAAAGAAGCUGUCAAGAUGGUCCGCUGUCGCUCGAGGUGCAGUGCUACGGCUACUACAAGAGAACAUUUCGGCUCAGCCAGUCCAUUCACCAGAGGAUCGAGAAGCUCUUGGAAGAAUACCGGAUGUUAUUUCUCGUCGAUCAAGGUACCACUAUGGAAUUGUAGUCAGCACUUCCAUCAAAGGUCUCGAUCUUGACCCUGAGGAUGUAGUCACUCUCAAUCCAGAAGGCUUCAAGAGAGUGGAAAGAAUGAGGUGGUAUUUGCUAAAGGGUGAUAAGAUUGACAAGAAAUCACGGAUUCCUUUCUUCUACCACCAUUAUUAUCGCCCUAGUGAUAUGCCCGAAAAGUGCACCUUUUACAUCGUAUACAGCGCUCAGGAUCCAGCACCAAAGAGGUCAAAUUCUGCCGUGUUGAGCUUGUGUCGGAUUGAGUGUGACUGGGACAAGCCUAUCACUGAGUGGCAACCAGUAGGGGAUCCAUCCGAGGGUUAUAGAAAACACAACGAUCUUGAGCUUACUAUGGGAUUGCAAGGUGAGCCGAAGUGGGAGGUUCGUGUUGGGUCUAAUAAGCGUGAACACAAGUUUAACAUCGAGUAUGCUAGUUAG